AUCAGCUGAUCUAUCCAUCCUGUCUAUGUUCGAAAUGUUUUGAGUUUGGAGAUAUGUGUUUAACCUGGCAAUUAAAAUAAAGUUUCAUUUAAAAGACUCAAACUUUACAAUCAAUACGUGCCUAUAAUUCGUUAUACAUUUUUAAUAUGGCAGAAGGUUUUAGCGAUCUCCGGCAGUUAUUGCGUGUCAAACAAAAGAAUGCCGCUGAUAACGAAUGUCAGGGCAAAAGAUUCAUGAGUGGACCUUUCUAUUGGUCUCAGUAUCGAACAAUUGAGGAAGAGAUAGCCCUGCUAGAUAUGAUCAAGACAGGAAUAAAACAGAAACGCUUGUUUGAUGACGCACAGUGUACCAAGAUUGAAGAGAAAAUUGAUCGUGUUGUUGAACGAGCAGAGAAGGGAAAGUAUAAACCCUGUACUGUUGAUCGAGCACCUUUGCGAAACAAAUAUUUCUUUGGAGAGGGCUACACAUAUGGGUCACAGCUGGCUCGGAAGGGUCCUGGGAUGGAACGACUCUAUCGUCCUGGCCAGGUAGAUCCGAUUCCCAGCUGGGUUACACGGCUUGUCAUCAACCCUCUUGUGCGGACAGGAAUCAUACCAGAGGGCUUCGUCAAUUCUGCAGUUAUCAAUGAUUAUCGUCCUGGUGGCUGUAUUGUAUCGCACAUAGAUCCAGUACAUAUAUUUGACAGGCCAAUUGUGUCAGUAUCGUUUAUGAGUGACUCGAUGUUGAGUUUUGGAUGCAAGUUCACCUUCAAGCCGAUACGAGUGUCUAAACCAAUCUUCUGCCUUCCUUUGGAAAGGGGCUGCGUCACAUUGCUCAGUGGGUUUGCUGCAGAUGAGAUAACACAUUGCGUGCGACCUGAAGACACAGUUGCACGUCGUGCCGUAAUCAUCCUGCGCAGGGUGCUGCCAACUGCUCCUCGUUUGGGAUGUGAUGAAGACGUCUUAUCAUCUGUUGCCAACGACUCAGACAUCAAUGGCCUCUCAAGGCCUGAGGACAACAAGAGACGAGGCCGCAAACGGUCAGUAGCAAUUCAAGCGUAUGAGGACAUGCCCAAACGUGCCAGAGCAGACUCGUACAACACUGAACCUGAUCAGACCAGUCCUUUGAGCGAUCCAGAUGAGAAGUUAGAUGGCUGUCAAAUUUCUUCCACUACUUAAAUAAACUCUUCACAAAAAAACCAUAGCUGGAAAUUUAGUUUUUUAAAGAAAAUUGUGCAAUAAUAUGUUAUCAGUCAUAAUUUGUUCUGCAACAUGUCAGAGCCAUAAUUUAGUCAUUGACAUUUUCUAGAUGACUGACUGUAUUUCUUUACUGUUUAAGUGCAAUUUAUUUACUUGUUUGUUAAAAUGUUUGCAUUAACUUGCGUGCAAAUGUAUAUAAUAUUAUAUGUAUAAUGUUAAAUUUAAAAUCAAUUAGCUUCUUGAUAAAGAAUUUCACUUUUCAUAAGAUGUUAAGUUUUUAUUUAAUUUCAGAGUCAUUAAAUUGGUUUUAUCUUGUUUGCAAUCAAUGUCAAAUAUUUGUGUAUCAAACGGUUUAACACUUAUUUACAUAAUUUUAAAACAAAAUCUGUAAUAUUUUAUCAGAAUAUAUAAUGUACAAUAUUUAACUAUGUUAGUCUGAUUGAAAUGAAAGAUGCUUGUGUAGGCCUUAACACGAAUACUCUUAUUGUAUGUUUGUUAGGAUUUUUUAAUAGAAAUAAAAUAUGUAAAAAAUAACAGUUGUAAUGUGUACUUGUUCUAAGUAAUUAAAUACAGGAGAUAGCAGAGUUUAUUUUCCCAUCAUAUUUAUGUCUUUUUCUAGAAAAAUCCAGUAUUUGUAACCUAUCUUAUUUGUGCAAUACAAAGUUACCUAAAUAUUGUGAUAAGAAAUCAAGUACAUUGUAUUUUUGUAUGUAUCAAAACUUCUUUGUUAAUAAUGUGAGAUGUAGUUUAAAUAUUUGUAAACUUAAGUAUUAUUGUAUUAUUAUUACCUUGUUCAAGGAAUUCUUGAAAUUAAUGUUAAUAAGAUAAAGUGUUGAUACCCUUAACUUUUUUACUAUUAACGGAGAAUAAUGUAAAAUGUGUGAUUAUUACAGCUUGUACUUGUUAGUUCUCUUUUGCUUAUAAUUCGUAAUGUUGACUUAUUUGGUAGUUACUUGGAUUUAAGAAUUUAUUUAAUGGUACACUAUAUUUGUGUUGAAUUGGUUUUUUUGUAUACAUUUUAUAGCAACCGAAAAACUACUUUCAGUCCUUAGUGCACACACAUUGUUGUUACUUUUAUGUCCUUGUGUAUUAUUUUCUAAUAUUAGGUUUUGCUUUUGUAAAAACUGUGCCUUACAUAAUACAUUUUUAAUUUUAGAAUUCAUUUUGAGAUAUUUAUGUCUUUGAAUUUUCAAGUCAUAGGUUUUGUAUCAAUAAUUAAGGUACAUGAGUUGUUUUGUUUUAAUGUGUAUUACUAUAGUAAUAGUUAUAUAUAUAUUAAAAUUUGUUGUUUA